AUGGCGUCUGGAUUCUUGUCACGGCUCACGAGAAGUAUAUCCCAUCUACAUCUGGCUUCCAUUUCGCGCUCAGCAGUCGUCCUCACAUAA